CUUGUAUACGCCAAUUUCGGUCUCCAGAACCCCAUCGCAUCUGCGAGGAGCUAUCCAACAACCGACCAUGGCCAGCGACCAGAAUUUCUCUCAGGCGCUUGCGACAUGGAAAGAGGUCAACCUGACCGAUCUACAAAAGGCGCUCGACUCUCAGGGCCUUGAGAUUGUGGAGAACCAAAAGGAGAGUGUGGUUGGGAGGAAGUUCCUAGCGGACAAGACGAAAGAGUUUAGGCGGAUACCAGAUGAGGAAAAGCUGAAUGAAUUCAAGGUCCUGCUGAAAGCAUACCAAACGGAAAUCGACAACCUCACGAGGAGAUCGAAGCUUGCGGAGAAUUCAUUUCUCAAUGUCUAUAAGCUACUCGCUGAAGCACCUGAUCCGUACCCUUUACUCGAUGUGGCGUCUGAUCAAUCUGUCAAACUCGCGGAAGCGCGCACACUCGAGACAGAAGUUGCACGGUUGCGGGAGGAGAAUGCGGACCUGAAGAAAAAAAUCGCAGAGGCUGGUACACUCGAAGGAGCCAAGAAGAAGGCAGAGAGCCGUGUUGAGCAGCUGGAAGAGAAGAUGGAGGCGAUGAUCCAAGAGAAAGUGACACAGAAAGAAAAUGAACUGAACGCAACAUAUGACGAGAAGAUCAGGAACUACGAGGAACGGGAACGUGACCUCACAAAGCAAGUGCAGGUCGCGAGGGACCAAAUACGCGACCUACGUAACUUCAGUGAGACCAGCCAAGCUAAGUUAUUAGAUCAAUCACAACGGCAGGACCAGGAAACGAUGUCGAGGCUAGCUGAGCUAGACAUGUUAGAGGCUGAUCUUGAACGUGCAAAUAGCCGGAUUGCCACAGUGGAAAGAAGAAACGAACUUCUUCGUGCCGAAAUCGAAGCGGUUCGAAGCGGAAGUGAAACCGCGGAUAAGGUUAAGGCUCUGGAGAAUCAAAUUGCGGAGCUUGAGGCGGAGACAGCACGCUUAUUGCAGGCAUUCGAUGCACAGAAGGAGGCUCGUUUGGAGGCUGAAUCAUCUGCUCGGCGCAAGAUCGAGGAGUUCACGAGAGACGUAUCUGCAAAGGAUGCCGAAGUGGAGAGUCUCAGGCAUAAGCUAAAACUGCAAGCUGACUACGACGAAGUGAAGCGAGAGCUGCAGAUUAUGAAGUAUGUCGAAUUUGGCGGAGCAGAGCUUGACGAAUCAGACGACGUCCAUCUGCCCGAGCCGAGUGCAGCGAACGGACAGCAGGCGUCAUCCCUUGAAACACUCCUUCUUGCCAAGAACAAGCAAAUUCUCGAUGAGCUGACCAAAUUCAGGAUCCUACACUCUGAGCUUGAGGAGAAUCUGCGUAAGACACAACGUGGUUUGGCCGAGAGUCAAGACCAACUCCAGAAACAAUCGAGCCUCAAUGACAAGCUCGAGAACGAUCUGUUGCAAUUGAAUACCACCACUCCCGAUGCACGCCGCAGCAUGUCCGGGACGCCUGUGCCGAAUGGCGCCCCGCAAGAAGGGCUUGCUGGGUUGAGCAUCGGCGUCAAGCCACCUGUGAGUGCUGACACUAGCCCUCGUGUCUCGUACCUUAUGACGGCCCUGUAUCAGGCGGACGGGUCGACCACACCGUCAUACCCACCACAGGCAGACACCUCUAUCUUACCCAUCGUCACUAGCCAGCGAGACCGGUUCCGGACGAGGAAUGCCGAGCUAGAGGAGGAGCUGCGCAAGCAAUUUGAUGUCGUCUCCGAACUGCGCACCGAGAUCAAGGGUCUGCAGGCCGACAAUCUCAAGCUGUAUGAGAAGGUCCGGUAUAUGCAGAGCUAUCGAGACGAGGGAGGCGUGCCUACUCCCGCGACCUCACGACCACUGAUUGUGCCCCAAAAUGAUGAAAUGAGCAGAUACAGAAACGUGUAUGAGGAGAGCAUGAAUCCGUUUGAGGCAUUCCGCGGCCGGGAAGCAGCACGAGCUGUCAAAGCGUUGAACCCUCUCGAGCGGGGUGUACUAACGCUUACGCAGGCGAUCCUGGCCAACCGCCGGGCACGCAUAGCUUUUGUCAUCUACGCGGCGUCGCUUCACAUUCUCGUCAUGUUCACAACCUACGAGUGCCUAACGUCGAGCUCGGGCGGCACGCCUAUCUCACGACCCGUACCAUGA